CGUUGUUAAAGUUUUCUACUGUUGAGUCCCAUGUUAAUUUUAGAAAUUCCGAGCAAUUCAUUUGAAUUCAGACUGCGCUAACACGCGGGAGAGCGUUUAGUGAACACGAGAUACUAUAUCCAACUAGUAAAUAUAAAACAGAAUUAAAAGGAAUGCCAACGUCUGAAUUUUGGUUUUCAAUUUAAGCGGAUAAUGUUAAAAGGUGAUAAUAUUAAAUAUAAUCAGACCAUUGGAGAGUACAAAAAAGUAUAAACAAAUUGUAUUGUACGCACGUUCCAACGCACAGCGGCAGUGGUAUCUUUGAAAAAGAAAAAAAAUCGUCUGAGCAACUGGUGCAAUUCCAAUUGGGAAAUAUACCAAUUUGUAGUAAAGAAAACGUGCAGGAAUAAGAGAAAAAAGAGAAAAGUUCAGUAAUACUGGACGAAAAUACAAAGUACAUAGCAACAACUACGAGAAGGCCAGAAAGAAAAUUAAUCCAAAGUGCAUAUAUACGUAAACGUGACAAAUUGGAAAACGUGUAUACAUAAGUAUAUUGAAAAAAAGCUUUCAAAUAAAGAAACGACGGAGAAGUGUAGUGAAAUAAAAGUUCAUGUGCUACUUGCUGCCGCCGAUUUCUCAUAAAAAUCACGUUUUCGACAGUAUUUUUUCACGUUUUAUUUUUGUAAAUUUGAGUUUUUGUGCGCGUCGCGUCUGGGAGGCGAUUCAAGGUUUUCAUACGAAAUAAAGCUGAAAAGAAAAACACGAAAACCAAAAAAUAAGCUAAUAAGUUAAAGAUAUACGGGCGGUGUCAUUGCUGUCGUUGUUGGCGCCGCAGUUGCUGUUUUCCUACCAUUGCUACUACCCCUGAAUUACGCAUCGGCGUGGAAAAUUCCAAAUUAAAAUCGACAAGCAGCCAAUAAAAGUGAAUAAAAUAAACUUAUUUAUGUAAAUAAUAAAUUAAUAAUUAACAAACCAAAGUGAUAAAAUAUUAAAAAAAUUCCAGAAUACAAGAUUUAAUAAUCAAAUAUAUAAAUGUACAUUUUGUAAAGUGGUUUCAUGCGCAAUUAUCAUAACAACAAAAUAAUGUGGAACAGAUUCAGAGCAUUACAACGUUCCUAGCUGAAAAAUUCCAAAAUAAAAUAAAAAAUUUAACUAAUAUAUUAUAUCUUUAGGUAUGUGCAUUUGAAUCAGAAUGGUAUUUAUGAUAUAUGUACAUAUGUAUAUCCUGUAAAUAAACGUCAAGCUGCAAUCAAAUUAGAAAUGUUCAAUUAAAAAUACUUAACAUUUUCGUUACUAGAUACCUACAAGUUUCUACGCCUGCACUACAAAUACGGUAUUGAAAUCUGUAUACUUGCAUUCGUGUAAAUAAGAGAUAAGCUAAAUAUAAAAAUACGCUGUCAUUAUCUGAAAAGUGUUAUCAGUUCAGCGCAGCUUUUCACAACAGUGAAUAUAUGUAUAUACAAAAUAAUACACACAAUAACACACUAAACAUAAUCCAAUUCCACACACUUGGGCGUAUCGCGUUGACGACAGCUUAAAUAAAGUUAUUUAUUGACGUCCUCACAAAAUACCAAAUUCAACAUUAUUGUCGUGAAAUGAAAAAUUAAGAAAAAGUGAGUUUUUGCCCGGCGGAUUUAACUAAAAAAAGCAGAAAGUUAACAAUCAAAAUUCCAUUGACUGUUAUAUGGUUAUGUGAAAUGUUAUGUUAAAUUCAGAUACAAGACGUCAAAUUCAUGAUUUAACUGCCUGUCGUUAUUGGGAUCAUUUUUGGAUAUUUUCACCAGUCCCACAAAAUAAUAAAAACUGUAAACAAAUGCACAUUGUUUGCUAGUUUAGUGUAUUAAAAUAUUCUUCAUCCAAUGCAAAAAAGAAAAAAAAGUCAUUAACGCGAAUAUUGCGUAAAAGGUGAAAUUGUGAUAAUCGUGUACCUGACCGGGGUAGGAAGUAUUCGUCCUUUUCACAUCCAAUCCCUCAUUUUUAUGGGAAAUUUGUUUAAAUUACUUUAAAAUUUAACAAAAUAACGUACCUACAUCCAUAUAGUGAAAAACAGAAACUUACACCUAAAGAUACUUUUGACGGCGAAAUACAGUGAUUUAAAUAUAAAGCAGUAAGACCCUUUAUAUGCACACAUAUACAUACUUAUGUAUAUGUAGCAAACGGGGGUAACCGAAGUGAACCGACUAGUAGCGCAACAAAUCACACCGACAACCUGUUACCCAUUUGUUUUACUAAAUUAAAGAAAAAAGAGGAAAACGUGCAUAUUACCAUCAUUGAGGUAUUAAACCACGGGACAUAGUCGCAAUCACAUCCAGUCAACCGACACAGCUUAAGUCGCAGCUAAAAGUUAAGUGUGCGUUACUGACAUUGCUCAGCAAAUUCACCGUCGCUACCGCCGCCAUCAUUGCGAGCUUCACAACAACGACGACGAUACCAACGAAGACGCCCACAAUUGCGAACAACACCGUACCGGUCGUUCCAACAACUGCUAUUGUCGUCACCAGUCAACCCACGACGAUUGCCAUCAUUCCACCUCAACUGCAACCGGCGCACAGCAGCAAAAUUAAGUACGAAGUUAUGGAAUCGUACUGGAGUGAAGCGAAUGGACACGCUCCGCACUCGGUUAAGUAUGAAAGCGAAGCAGCAGUAUCCAGUUUUCCUUAUUGCACAGAAUCUAGCUUAAAUUUUUCCACAUCAGCAACAGCGUACAGCGAGGAUGAUGCAGAAUAUGCCACCGGAAGACGUAAUAAAACUUCGAGGCAAGAUCCAUUGUCACAUCGUAUUAUUGAGAAGCGUAGACGCGAUCGCAUGAACUCCUGUCUGGCCGACCUCUCACGUCUCAUUCCGCCGCAGUACCAACGUAAAGGGCGUGGCCGCAUUGAGAAAACCGAGAUCAUCGAAAUGGCCAUUAGGCACUUGAAGCAUCUGCAGAGCGAGUGCAUUCAGAAGGAAAACGAGUACCGCAUGGGCUAUACGGAUUGCAUGAAGGAGGCAGCCAAGUUUCUCUACGAGAGCCACAUGGAGGAGUUUUGUUAUCGAUUGGUGGCGCGCUUGCAGGAGCAUUGCGUGGAACUGAUGAAAAAUGACUGCUACAAGUCGAGAAACUGUCAUAUACCCGACAAUGUGAGCGCGUCGAGCGGCAGUCCGCAUCAAGCGUAUCAUACGGCGCCGCCGUUGUGUCAGUUGCGUGACAUGCUGGGCAACUCGGACAUCGAGCAGAGCAACGAUCAUAACGAUGUAAAGGAUUUGAGUUUCCGCAACCACCUGAAUCAGUUGCAACGUAAUGCCGCUGUCGCAGCGGCUGCUGCCGCGGUUGCCAACAGCACUAAUAAUAGUGCUGCGCACGAGCACAAUAGCAGCCGCAGCCAAAAUAAUGCGGCCAGCAAUUCCAACACUUCAUCGACGAACGCAACUUUGAAUAAUGCCACUAGUACGGCGACGGCAUUACCGAAUGGCGGUGAAGUGAUGGAGAGCGGUGCACCAUCGGGUAAUUCGCCGCAACGUCCACACCAGGCGCCAGUUAUAACGUCCACGGGCCCGGCAACAUUGAAUCAUCACAACGAAUCGAGUAAUCAUGAUUUUGAGUCAUCGUCGCGUGAACCGCUCUUGCACACCGACACUUCCAACAUGCAUUCGCCGCCGCCGCGCGACUCCCUGCUAAAUCAUCACGCUCACCUGAACCUCCAUCAGCACACCACCGACAGCUUGCUGUCAGCGCGCAUGCGCAAUUUCUCCGAGUCAUCGCACGAUAUUGAGCACAACAAUAACUACAAGUACAAGAAUCACAUAAAGGAGCGCUUCAAUCACGAGCUACAUGACGAAGAAACCUCCAGCGAACACUGUCCGGCGCCGCCGUUACUACAAAGCGAACACUCGCAUACGCACUCGUUGUCCGAACACUCGAAGGAUGGCACCGAGCCUGAAAUUGCGCCCAUCAUAGCGAAGAAACGUAAGUUGGCCGAAGCGGUAGGUGGCGUCAAUAGCAAUAGCGCUUUGGAAGACUGUGAUACACGUCCAUUGCCAUCUGUGCGCACGCCAACUACCACCACCACCAGCAUACUGGGCGCACGCGAUGAGAAGCCCUUCAGUUUUGCCGACAUCAAGACCGAAUUGAGUGCUCCCGCCGGCUUACUAGGCGCCAAAACACUUUUGAGUACACCCAGUAGCACAACGCACGUGCCGCCAAGUAUGCACGCGGCACGCUCUUUUGCCGUACCCAUCUUUGCGCUGCACGGUCAGGGUACCUACUACGUACCGCUCAAUGUUGACUAUAAUGUUCUGGUGCCAUUCCUCAAUGGUGCCGAUUUGCUCGAAAAGAACUAUACAUCGAUGCCGGUGGUGCAUCCGAUAAACAUCAACGUCAACUUUAUGCCGACCACAUCGUCUUCAACGUUUCUUGCCGCCGCUGCGGCAGCGGCUGCUGUAGCUGCAGGCAAACAACAACUGCCCCCCGUCAACGGUACAGUAUCCUCCACGGCGGCAGCCACUGCUACAGCUGUGACCAAAGCCAAAUUGGAGAGCAUCAGUAAUGGCUGGUAAAUACGCAUACGCGCAACAAAUAGUUAAAACAAAAUUAACAACAAUAACAGCAACAGCAAAAAACGUACGUGUCAGUUUGCCGCGUGGCUGGUCGGGUGGCGUAGGACGCCAACCUUUCCUCAAGCACUACUACUACAAGGAACAGCACUACCUCAGACAUCUGUGAAAUAGGAUGAAACAAUAAAAGUGACUUCACACCAAGCAUCAGCCAACAGUCAAGAGCCAGCAAAUAGCGGACGAUGACAAUCGAAGAGUAAUGCAUACAGGGUGGAGUAAAAGCAAAGCCAUGCGUUCGACUGGUCAGCUGGGUGUCAGAUGGAAUGUUUACGAUUAUUGUGAAGCGAAGACUUACCUGAGCGAAAUAGUUCUGUAUAAUAAACCACCAACAAUAGCAACAACAACAAUAAUUGUUAUAUAUAUGACUGGUUAUGGUUAUAUAUUUCUAUUGACACUGAAAUCAGCAGAAAAAGUAAAACAUAAAAAAAGGGAAUAUUUCAAUAGUGUUUCGUUUUGUGCAAGGAUCAAAACCUAACAGACUUAAACCUGUAAUGAAGUAGUAAAAGAAUUAAACAAUAAAUUAUUUACAAACUUUUACAUUUGCAAAUGAAUCUUGCUGAACUCUGAGACUGAGUCAGCUGCGGGGCAAUAAGUGUGCAAUUUAGAGAAGAUUUUUGCAGACAUACCUAUAUAUGUAUGUCGUGUAUCGGUUUGCAUGUGUGUAGUAUAGCAAAGACGUAUCGUGAAAUUGUAGCAUCCAAGUACAUGUCUGUAUUUGCUAUGCAUAAAAGCAACUUAAACAAAAAAUGCUACUAGUCAAAAGCUGCUUUGAGUAAUUUGAAAAAAUAAACAAAAAAAAAGAAA